AUGAUAAAUAACUUAUUUUCAAUUUUUGAUCCAACAACUAAUUUAUUUAACUUAUCAAUUAACUGAAUCAGAACAUUAAUUGGUUUAAUAUUUAUUCCCUAUUCAUUUUGAUUAAUUCCUAAUCGAUUUAUAGUUUUAUGAAAUACAAUUUUAAACACAUUACAUAAAGAAUUUAAAACACUAUUAGGCACUAAUGGAUUAAAUGGAUCAACCUUUAUUUUUAUUUCAAUAUUUUCAUUUGUUUUAUUUAAUAAUUUUUUAGGUUUAUUCCCCUAUAUUUUUACAAGUACUAGCCACUUAACCCUUUCACUAUCUAUUUCUUUACCUCUAUGAUUAAGAUUUAUAUUCUACGGAUGAAUUAAUAACUCCCAACACAUAUUCGCCCACAUAAUCCCCCAGGGUACCCCUGGUAUUUUAAUACCUUUUAUAGUUCUAAUUGAAACUAUUAGUAACAUUAUUCGACCCGGAACUUUAGCUGUUCGAUUAACAGCAAAUAUAAUUGCAGGCCAUCUUCUUAUAACUUUAUUAAGAGGUACUGGACCAAAUAUAGCUUCUUACUUUAUUAUUCUAUUAGUAAUAAUUCAAAUUUUAUUAAUAAUUUUAGAAUCGGCUGUUGCUAUUAUUCAAUCAUAUGUAAUUUCAAUUUUAAGAAAUCUUUAUGCUAGUGAAGUUAAUUAAAUAAUUAAUAACUAAUGACAAUACAUCACAAUCACCCAUAUCAUUUAGUAGAUUAUAGACCAUGACCUCUAACUGGAGCUAUUGGAGUUUUAACCUUGGUAACAGGAAUAGUAAAAUGAUUUCAUAAUUUUAAUAUAAAUUUAUUAAUUUUAGGAUAUAUUAUUACAAUUUUAACAAUAUAUCAAUGAUGACGAGACAUUUGUCGAGAAGGUACUAUACAAGGUAAACACACAAUUUUAGUCUCUAAAGGACUUCGAUGAGGAAUAAUUUUAUUUAUUAUUUCAGAAGUCUUUUUUUUCAUUUCAUUUUUUUGAGCAUUUUUUCAUAGAAGUUUAUCCCCAAAUAUUGAAAUCGGAAUAAUAUGACCUCCUAUAAGAAUUAUACCUUUUAACCCAUUUCAAAUCCCCUUAUUAAAUACUAUUAUUUUAAUUACUUCAGGAAUUACAGUAACUUGAGCACAUCAUGCUUUAAUAGAAAAUAACUUUACACAAACUACACAAGGUCUUUUUAUUACAGUCAUAUUAGGUAUUUACUUCACUAUUCUUCAAGCUUAUGAAUAUAUUGAAGCACCUUUUACCAUUGCAGAUAGAAUUUAUGGAUCAACUUUUUUUAUGGCUACAGGAUUCCACGGUCUUCAUGUAAUAAUUGGAACAAUUUUUUUAUUUAUCUGUUUAAUACGACACAUAAAUAACCAUUUCUCAAGUAAUCAUCACUUUGGAUUUGAAGCUGCUGCUUGAUAUUGACAUUUUGUAGAUGUAGUAUGAUUAUUCCUUUAUAUCUCUAUUUAUUGAUGAGGAAAUUAACUA